AUCGAAAUUCUAUUGAGAAAUAUUGAAUACUUUGAAAAUCGAGAAGUGCAUUUGCUUGGUACUUUUGCUUAACUUCCCGGAUUUUCUUGACUUUCAGAAGUGCCUGCAAACUCGUCAAUACUUGACCAUGAAAAGUGCGAGAUCAGGUGUAGAUACAAUUAGCAAUCUGCCCUGUAAUAUUCUGGACGGAAUUCUAGGGUGCUUGCCUUUGAAAGAUGCAGUGAAGACCAGUAUAUUGUCAAAAGACUGGAGGUAUAAAUGGGUCACACGUCAAGAACUUGCAUUUGAUUAUCACCUUUUCAGGUCACUUACACAUGAGCAAGAAGCUAACACAAUCAUUUACCAAGUCCUAUUACUCCAUAAAGGACCAAUACUGAAUUUUAUACUUAGCGGCUCUAACUUGAUAAGCUUUCCUGAUAUUGAUCACUGGAUAGUCUCCUUGUCAAAGAAAAAUGUCCAAGAAUUCACCCUUCAGAUAUUCUCACGCAAUAGAUAUCAUUUACCUUCCCACCUUUUUACAUUCAAGCAACUAAGGCAUCUGGAACUUGGUAUGUGCUUGUUCCACCCUCCACCCGGUUUCAAAGGAUUUGAGAAGCUUAUCAAUCUUGAUCUUAAGGAUGUCACUUUUGUUCCAGCAGUACUUAAGAAUCUUAUUUCCAGGAGCCCAUUGCUUGAAAGAUUGAGGUUGUGUUGGUGCACAAACUUUGACACCCUUGAAAUUGAUGCUGUUAAUCUCAAAUGCUUUGACUUCAGAGGAGCAUCGAAGUCCAUCUGCUUCAAAAACGCCCCUAUGCUUAGGAAAGCUAAUGUGUAUCUUACUUCACCAGCUUCAGCGGAUGCAUCUCCUGUUUGUUCCAAUCUUACAAAAUUCUUCUGUUACAUGCCUCGCCUAAUGGAACUGGAUAUAGGUGGUUUUUUAUUGAAGGUAAUGAGCAUUUGUGGUAUUAGUUAUUAUAGUUUAGCGAAGUUUGGCACUUAUUAUAACCAAAUGAUGCAUCUGAUUUGUAUCUUUAACAAUUUUUUCACAUGCUUCUAGUACUUGAUGAUGGGAGGUCUGCCGGAGAACGCUCUGACUACUCUGAGCAAUGUCAAAUCUCUUAGAAUUGGGGGAAUGUUAUUUAGAACCGUUGAGGAGGUUUCAUGUGUUAUUUACUUGAUUUCAAGCUGCCCCAAAUUACAGGAGUUGACUAUUGAAUGUGAAACAAUGAACACAAUGAACGAUGUUGCCGAACCUAUUGUACAAUCCUUACGAGACCAAUCAAGCUUGUGUGGUGUUGUGAAGAUGCUUCAAAGAGUGUAUAUGUGUAUGUUUAGUGGUCUUGAGAUGGAAAUUGAAUUUGUGAGGUCUAUAUUAGCAUAUGCACCUGUACUUGAGGAAAUUUCCAUUUGGAAGUAUUCAUGUCUCCUCAUUCAGACGGGUAAACAACUGACGGAUAAGAUGAAACAAUUCCACCGAGCAUCACCCAAUGUUGAAAUCAUAGUUGAUGAAGUUGAUGUAGAAGAUUAGUAUUAGUUUUGUUGAUGGUGCAAGAGAGGGAUAUUUUAUUAUUAUUGGUUUUUGUUU